AUGGAGUUGGGGAAAGGUAAACUUCUUAGAAGUGGCCUCAAUGCUCUGUAUCAAGCAAUCCACCCUGUGUAUGGUUUGGCCUGGACAGAUGGCAGACAAGUUGUACUCACAGCCUUGCAUCUUGAUAAUGAAGAACCUAAGUUUGGUGACUCUGUUGUGAUUGGACAGUUUGAACAUGUACAUGGUCUUUACUGGGGACCGGUUUUCGCAAAUGAUAUCCCAGCUCUAUUGGCUGUCCAGCAUAAGAAACAUGUAUCUGUUUGGCAGCUGUAUUACAACUCCCUGGAAAAGAAUAAGCUUGUUGUAUCUCAGACUUGUGAGAUUAGAGAUCCCUUUCCUGUGCUCCCACAGGGCUGUGUGUGGCAUCCAAGUAAAGAUAUCUUGGUCAUUCUGACAAAGCGCGAUGUCUCUGUUUUGUACUCCGUGCGAUCUGACAAUUCCAAUGUCAAAGCAGACAUUAAAAGCGGAGGUAUCAUUCAUUGUGCAACCUGGACUAAGGAUGGCAGUCGUCUUGUGGUUGCUAUUGGCAGUGCUCUUCACUCUUUUAUUUGGGAUUCCAAGCACAAAAUUUUAAAUGCUUGCACAUUUUGCCCAAUUUUUGAUGUUGGAGGUUACAUCUGUGCAAUUGAGUCUACUGUAGAUGCUCAAGUUGCAGUCACCACUGAGCUUCCUUUAGACAGAAUUUGUGCUUUAAAUUCAGGUAUAGCUUUUGAUGUUCCAGCCAGUGCUGAAAUAUCUUUAUCAACACAACCAGCUUUGCUGCUUAUGGAUGAAGAAUUCUCUAUGGAUGGACGGAAAUCAACAGAUUCUGGAACUUCUCUGACAACAGAUUCUCCUGUAACUUCACCUAACAUGUUAGAUCUCACCCAUAUUAUAGUAAACCACUCUAAAUCUGAACUGAGUCCACUUAUUAACUUGAAACCUAAGGAUAUUAUAACUGGGAGCGGACAGGAUUCUUCCCACUUGAUCCUUGUGACCUUUGAGAAGAAAGUAACUUCUACUAGAAGAGUAAGUAUUCCUGGAGUUCUGGUUCCAGAUAUACUUGCUUUUGAUCCCAGAGCUCAUAUAGUAGCUGUUGCUUCCAAUACUUGCAGCCAUGUUCUUGUGUAUUCAUUGACAUCAUCUAGCAUACCCAAUAUUCAACAAAUCCAGUUAGAGAAGAAUGAGAGACCAAAAGGCUUGUGCUUCCUGACAGAUAAAAUGUUGUUAGUCUUAGUUGGGCGACAGAAAAACUGUGAUCCAGCAUUUCUUCCAUCAUCAAGCUCUGACAAGUACAUGAUUCGUUUGUUGGUGAAGGAAGUCAAUUUUGAUGAGGAUAAUUCAGCUUCCUCAACUGGUAUCCCAAGUGUACAUUCUAGCUAUGAUUCUUAUGUUAGUUUGCAAGCGAAGAAAAAGUAUUCUGAUAACCACUACAAGGAUGAUCACCUUGCAACACGUGAGCUCUUGAUACCUGGAAAUACAACUGUGCCUCCCCUUCUUACCAAAAAACAGCUAAUAGAGGAAAUUAGGAGUUACAGUUGUGAUCAUAGUCCAACAUCAAGUGCUAGUGACUUUGAAGACAAAAGGAAUUCCUUAACUGUAAAUAACUUAGAAACUGAACCCAAAAAUCGUUCGAUGAUCCUUGGCCUUGAUCCACACAGGAAGCCAUCCAGCAGACCAACAUCUCCAAAACUUGAUCACCAUGGAAGUCAUGGAUCCCCUAGUUUAAUAACCAAUGCUCCAUUUCCUGACAAAGAUGUCCUUAAUAUGGCUAGAAAUCUGGAGAGAUUGUGCUGUAACUUUGCAAAUCUACAGCAACGCCUUUCGGAAUUAACAGACUUUACAAGGAAUGGGAAAAAGAUUUCCCCAACAUACCCGUCUUCCAAGGAAGCGCCAUAUGUCAAAAUAAUAUGUCAGAGGCCACAUUUAGCUGGUCCAGCUGAGAAGAGAUGCAUCCUGCUUUGUGACCACAAGCUGCGUCUGAAUAUUAUCCAAGAAAUGUUUAAUCUGUCAUUAGUAGAACUGCAGUUGGGUCCCUCUUCUUGGAUGAUUCUUACUGCUGACAGUGAAGGCUUUAUCCCGCUAACAUUUUCAGCUCAUCAGGAAAUAAACAUCAGAGAUGCAAAGCUCUCACCCAAUCAGUCCCCUGCAAGCACAGAUUACUUCUCUCCUGCAGAUUCCACAGAGCUUCCUAGCAGUGUCACAUAAGCACAGAAUACACUCUUGUUGUUAUAUAUGAUCAUUGACUAUUUUAAACACUUAAAAGUUUUGGUCAAGCAACAAAUACCAAAGCUGCCGGCAGCGAGAGGAUAUUCCACAGUUUUUAAGAUUUAAUUCUGAAACUAAAACGUGAAAUAGCUUCUAAAUCCUGGUCAAUAAAUUCAGGCAAUAAGAAGUAUAACACCCACUGGUUACAUUUUUCUACACAUUUUAAAGGAACCAGGAAAUAUAUUUUUUUUCUAAUGCUGUGGUGAUUAUUGUAGAAAUCAAGACUAUCAGGAUCACAAAUUACUGUAAGAUUUUGCAAAAAGUGCAAAAAAAAUGAUUAAACUUUAAAACUGUUAAAGGGAUACUAAGCCCAAAUUUUUUCUUUCACGAUUUAGCAAGAAAUGUAAGCUUAGGAGACGGGCAAUCUUUGGUUCAGCACCUGGGUAGCGCUUGCUGAUUGGUGGCUAAACGUAGCCACCAAUCAGCAAGCACUAACCAGGGUGUUUCACCAAAAUUGGGCCAGUUCCUAAUCUUAAAUUCCUGCUUUUUCAAAUAAAGAUGGCAAAAGAACAAUGAAAAUUGAUAAUAGAAGUAAAUUAGAAAGUUGCUUAAAAUUGUAUGCUCUAUCUGAAUCAUGAAAUAAAAAAUUGGGUUUAGUAUCACUUUAAUUUCUAGAGUAUAUUGGUAGCUUUUCCUGUAAUAAAGCAUCAAAAUGCAUGGAGCAAGUGUACAUUAAAAAUAACAAUAUUGUAUUGUGGAAUUUUAGAUAUCAGAACAUUUUUGCAUUUUCACAUGUAAAAUUUAUCAACUGCAGUUAAUGUAAACAUGCAUGUGAGGUGCUUGGCUUUUGCAGUAUCUACCUUGCAAAUUGCUGCUAAUUCUGUGAAUGUAUCCAAUUUCAAUUACAAGUGCUUAUUUAAGAAGCUGGUACAUACAUCAUACUAACCUGAUAGCUGAUAGCAUCCUAACAGAAGAUGUAAGUACUGGAUAUAUUGUAGUGAGAUGAAUGUUUAGCUUUAUUACUCCAUAUUUACCUCCAUAUUUAUUUCUCAUUUUUAUAUUCUACUUUUUUUAUUCCUCUCCCCUCUAAAUUUAUGUUAUGAACUUUGUUCUCCAGCAGUAGUUUAAUGUUGUUCCCAACAAGACCAAGUAUGUACGAGAGGCAAUCAGCACUUUACUAGCUAAUUACAACUUUGAGGUAAAACAUCUCAUGUUUUUUAUUGUUAGAUUGAAUCUGUUACAGCACUUCUAUGAAUUUGUGCUUCCAUUUAAAUAUAUUGUAGUAAAAUAAACCGUUUGGUGCCAUUUCUUUUAAACUUUCAGGUUAAUAAAAUGUCAUCUCUUAACA